AUGGCCAUCAAGAAGAUUCACGCUCGCUACGUCUACGACUCCCGUGGCAACCCCACGGUUGAGGUCGACGUUCUCACCGAGACUGGCCUUCACCGCGCCAUUGUCCCCUCUGGUGCCUCCACUGGCCAGCACGAGGCCUGCGAGCUCCGUGAUGGUGACAAGGCCAAGUGGGCUGGCAAGGGUGUCCUCAAGGCCGUUGAGAACGUCAACACUGUCAUUGGCCCUGCCCUCAUCAAGGAGAACAUCGACGUCAAGGACCAGACCAAGAUCGACGAGUUCCUUAUCAAGCUCGAUGGCACCCCCAACAAGAACAAGCUCGGUGCCAACGCCAUUCUCGGUGUCUCGCUGGCCAUCGCCAAGGCUGCCACCGCCGAGAAGGGUGUGCCCCUUUUUGCUCACAUCUCGGACCUCGCCGGCACCAAGAAGCCCUACGUCCUCCCCGUUCCCUUCAUGAACGUCCUCAACGGCGGCUCCCAUGCCGGUGGUCGUCUGGCCUUCCAGGAGUUCAUGAUCGUGCCCAGCGCCGCUCCCUCUUUCUCCGAGGCUCUCCGCCAGGGUGCUGAGGUCUACCAGAUCCUGAAGAGCCUGGCCAAGAAGAAGUACGGCCAGUCUGCCGGCAACGUUGGUGACGAGGGCGGUGUCGCCCCUGAUAUCCAGACCGCCGACGAGGCCCUCGAGCUCAUCACCGACGCCAUCGAGAAGGCCGGCUACACUGGCAAGAUGAACAUUGCCAUGGACGUUGCCUCCAGCGAGUUCUACAAGGAGGACGCCAAGAAGUACGACCUCGACUUCAAGAACCCUGACAGCGACCAGUCCAAGUGGCUCACGUACGAGGAGCUCGCCAACCUGUACUCCGAGCUCUGCAAGAAGUACCCCAUCGUCUCCAUUGAGGACCCCUUCGCCGAGGACGACUGGGAGGCCUGGAGCUACUUCUACAAGGCCCAGGACAUUCAGCUCGUCGCUGAUGACCUGACUGUGACCAACCCCAUCCGCAUCAAGAAGGCCAUUGAGCUCAAGGCCGCCAACGCCCUGCUGCUCAAGGUCAACCAGAUCGGUACUCUGACCGAGUCGAUCCAGGCCGCCAAGGACUCCUUCGCCGAUGGCUGGGGUGUCAUGGUGUCCCACCGCUCUGGUGAGACUGAGGAUGUCACCAUUGCCGACAUUGCCGUCGGUCUGCGUGCUGGCCAGAUCAAGACUGGUGCGCCCGCCCGUUCCGAGCGUUUGGCCAAGCUCAACCAGAUCCUCCGCAUCGAGGAGGAGCUCGGCGACCAGGCCAUCUACGCCGGCGAGAACUUCCGCAAGUCUGUCAACCUGUAA